AUGCCUUCAACAUAUAAAAGGGACAAGCCGUGGGACACGGACGAUAUCGACAAAUGGAAGAUUGAUGAAUUCAAACCCGAAGAUAAUACCGGUGGCACGUUUGCCGAGGAGUCAUCUUUCAUGACCCUUUUCCCCAAAUAUCGCGAAGUAUACUUGAAGGAAGCAUGGCCGUUGAUUACGAGGACUUUGGAGAAGCAGGGAAUCGCUUGUACCCUCGAUUUGGUCGAGGGUAGUAUGACCGUCAAAACUACAAGAAAAACAUUCGACCCUGCGGCGAUCCUUAAUGCUCGUGAUUUGAUCAAGUUGCUUUCACGAAGUGUACCGGUACAACAGGCCCUCAAAAUCCUGGAAGACGGCGUCGCAUGCGACAUAAUCAAAAUACGCAGUCUAGUCAACAAUAAAGAGCGCUUUGUGAAACGCCGACAACGUAUUCUCGGACCAAAUGGAUCUACCUUGAAAGCUCUGGAGCUUCUGACCGGCACAUACAUCCUCGUUCAAGGAAAUACCGUAUCCACCAUGGGCCCAUUCAAAGGGUUGAAGGAAGUGCGCCGAGUCAUCGAAGACUGCAUGGCAAACAUUCACCCAAUCUAUCACAUCAAGGAACUCAUGAUCAAACGCGAACUCGCCAAGGACCCAACGCUCGCUACAGAAUCGUGGGAUCGGUUUUUGCCAAACUUUAAGAAACGCACUCUCUCGAAACGUCGUGUUCCUCACAGGGUUACCGACAAAUCGCAAAAGGCUUACACACCUUUCCCGCCGCCACAAGAGAAGAGCAAGAUCGACAAGGAAUUGGAGUCUGGCGAAUACUUUUUGUCCAAGCAGGCUAAAGAACGCGCUCGCAAGGAAGAAAUUCAAGAAAAACAGCGAGAAAAGAGGGAGGAGAAGAUGAAGGAACGCCAGAAAGACUUUGUGCCUCCAACGGAAGACGCAGAUAAGAAAGAAAAGAAAAAGAAGCGGAAACAUGCCGAUGAUGCAGGUGAGAGUACAGAGAAGAAGAAAAAGAAGAAGUCGAAGAGCAAGUCAGAUGAGGGUGACGAUAGUUCAUGA